UACCCUGUAUGGAGUGUGGCUAAUAGACUGGCCACGUUCUGCACACAACCAGGCAUCGGUGCAACAUCAACGAAAGAAAUUUUGGCUGCAAAGGUCACUAAAGGAGAUCAGAUCUUGUGUCUGGUCAGAUGUAGGCGUCUGCACAAAGGAUGUCUUCCUGUUCAACCAUGUGAUAGCACUUAAACCAUCUGAAAGCUGUCAAAAUGGCUUCGUGUGCGUUAGACAUCGUAGCAGAAGCCUUAAAAACUUUGGAGGAAAAAUGCUCAGUGUUGCUACAAACUGAUAAAGGAAAUGAGCUUCUGAUUUCUUCUAAAGUUGCCUGUCAAAAGCUUCUUCAGCAAAUAAACAGCAAAGACACUGUAACCCUCACAGACUGCUUACAAGGAUAUGCCCAGGCAAGUCUUGAUUUUACCUAUGUUGAUGAAAAUCUGCUGGUUGAAGAAGAAUUCUCUCAGUCUUCCUCUGAUGAAAGAAUUAGGAAAGUCUUUGAUCAAUUCGACAAUGUCAUAAAGCUGGCAACUGAAUUGACCCCUAGUCAAAAUCUUGUUGAUGUGCUUACCCCAGACUUGUAUGAGUGCAUCCUGUGGAGGAAGGGGGCACUAUUGUACAUGUACUGUUCCUGCGUGGAGAAGGAUGAGACUCGUGCACAGUCAUCAGAAUUCAUGGAGAACUUGCAGAAAGGUGUUGGAUUUCUUCAAGAGAUGCUCAAAGUUAGAAUUCCUCUGACAGAAAGUAGGGAGGAAAUUGAGUUUAAUGACAUAGAAACUCUGCAGCUCUUGCAAUCAGGGCUGUUCAGCGAUGUACAUGUGCUUGCUCUCAUGUACUGUGGCGAGAUGUGCUUUUGGUAUCACACCUAUGCCAAGAGUGCCACCGCAACAGAUUUUGAUGCCAAAUCCACUGGAGUGAAGCUUUUGAGAGACUACAUCAAUGCUGUUAAGGGUCCCCUCAGUGGGAAAGGUUGGAACUGUGACCGGGCUGAACAGUUACUUAAGGUGCUCCAGGAUACUUGAUAUACUGCCAUUUUAUUAAUAUAUAUAUAUACACAUAUAUACGCUAUUAUGUAACUUUUGUAUGUCUCUAUUUUAAUUUAUUAAUUUUCAAACAUUUAUAUUUUUUGUUGCUUACCAGUAAAUAUAAAUGGCUAAAUUAAGAAUCAUGCUGUGCUGAUUUCCAUUGAGUUUACUUCAAUUUUACAACCUUUUCUGGCACCUCUGCAACCAGUAUUUUGAAACAUUCUGAGAGAACUGUGGGGUGUAGAGAAGUAAUUUGCACUUUUAUGAAGCUUGCAUCUUUGUUGACACAAACAGACCAUUUUUAGUGUCAAUGGCAGGCACUGGCUCUUGUGGCCUGUUAACCCUUUAUCUCCUUAAGAGGAAGAGUUUGAAACUAGCUGAUGCCUUGUUAGCGAUAUAUUUUUCUUGCCUUUUUUAUUUAUUUAUAUAUCUAUUUGAUUGGUGUUUUAUGCCAUACUCAAGAAUAUUUAACUUAUAUGACGACAGCCAGCAUUAUGGUGGGAGGAAACCAGGCAGAGCCCUGGGGAAACCCACAACCAUCGGCAGGUUGCUGAAGUGUGAUCAAAGAGGAAGCAAGCAUGAGCAACCGCAUUGUGUGCGAGGCUCCUGGGUCAUUGUGGCACUCUUGCACGCUAACCACGUCUUGCUGUUAAAAUCAGGAAUUGUCAUUGUUUGCAUCUCUUGAAAUCAAUCUCAUGAAACCUGUUGGAAUACAAUUUUAAAAUGCCUUUGAUUCUUUAAGCAUAAGUAAGCACAGUACAGAUGUACACCAUCAAAAAUAUUAUGAGAACAAUAUCGUCUUUAUUUAACAAAGGAUGCUUGAUCCAGAUUUUUGGUGGGGACUGUGGCAGUUUUACCACUAUGUGCAGACUGUUGUCCGUUUUUUGUCCUGAAGACUUCACAAACACUGAGUGGGGGGAUUGUGAAAAUUAUCUGUCAAAGACCAGGUUUGAACCUGACCCUCGAGUGCCCUUGCGAUUGAAAGGCAAGCAACCUACAUGGCCACAGCCUGCUUCAUGCUUCUUCACUGGAUGAAGUUGGAGAUGGAGUAGUCAGCGAUCAGUCAAUACCCAUAAGGUGAUCUUUCUUGAGUAAUGCAGUUAAAGGAUCAAAUCCAUCUCUCCUCAAACAGCUGUGGCUUUUACUUUGAUGAUUUCCUCUUUGGGUACAAGUGGGAAGGUCUGCAGCAACCUACGGUUGGUCAUGGGUUUCCCUCCAGCUCAGCCUGGUUUUCCCCCACCAUAAUGCUGGCAGCCGUUGUAUAAGUAAAAUAUACUUCAGUAUGGCGUAAAACACCAAUCACAUAAAUAAAUACUUUGAAGAUUAGUUAGGUACCGUGUAAAAGGCAGUGGUUUGUUUAGGGCAUUCUGGUUUCCUUCAACAGUAAACCUGUUGACUGCUGGUGUAUAACUGAAAAAUUGUAGAGAAACGGCAUUAAAUACCAAAUUUAUUAUUUAUGCUUAAGUAAAUAUAUUUAUUUGAUUGUUUUUAUGAAAUACUUGAUGUGGGUAAUUUUGAUGAUUUAUUUACUUGAUUGGUGUUUUACGCCAUACCCUUACUCCGAAUACUUCAGUGAAUUGAAGGCAAAUAAGACACUAAAUGAAGUAUAUAGGAGAUG